GUAAUUUCAAAAUUCGGAGGCCUCUUCAGUUUACACAGGAGAAAAAAGACAUUCCUUUGCACGCCCAGUUGGAUACAAUUCUAUUUUUAUAUUUUCUGUGAAGUGAAUCAGGUUGAAUCAAACAUGGUGAGAAGAAAUGCUGAGGCUGAGCUGCAAUUGCCCCCUGGGUUCAGGUUUUUUCCUACAGAUGAAGAGCUGCUUGUACAUUACUUGUGCAAGAAGGCAGCCUCUCAGGCUCUGCCUGUUCCUAUUAUAGCAGAGGUGGAUCUCUAUAAGUUUGAUCCAUGGCAGCUUCCAGAGAAGGCAUUUUUUGGAGAAAAGGAAUGGUACUUCUUUACUCCUCGGGAUAGGAAGUACCCAAAUGGAUCUAGGCCUAACAGGGCUGCUGGUAGUGGAUACUGGAAAGCCACAGGGGCCGAUAAACCUAUUACAGUAAAAGGAGGAAACAAGAGAGUAGGCAUCAAGAAGGCACUUGUUUUCUAUGCUGGGAAGGCACCCAAGGGAACUAAGACCAACUGGAUUAUGCAUGAAUACCGUCUUGCAGAUGUUAACAGGCCUGCAAGGAAGAAAGGAUGCUUAAGGUUGGAUGACUGGGUACUCUGUAGAAUAUACAACAAGAAAAGCAGUGCCGAGAAGAUAGCAAUGGAGCAGAAGGAAAGCUCCUUGGAUGAAACAAUGGAUUCCUUUGAUGUCAUAGAUGAAAAAGAUGUGGAAAUUCUACCUGCCCUGAAUUCAAUUGAACACAGCAGCAUUGAACAAACCAACCCAUCUUUUCUCAAAUCAAGCAAAAUGGACCCUCACAUGACAAACUAUAAUCUGAUGUCCUCUGAUGAUUACUCCAUGAAGUACAAUAUUAACUUGCAGAACCCAGGUUUACAACAGACCACAAUGCCUUUCAAUGCAGGAUCUUUCAAAGUUCCAGUGCAGACCCCAACAGUUAAUCCAUUUCCCUCCCCCAUCAAUCAAUGGGCAAACUAUAAUUCAGCUGACAUAAUUUCAGGGCAGUACACUGAUUCCAGCAGUUCCAAGCCAUCUUCUUCAGAACCCAUUUCAGAGAAGGAAGAAGUGCAGAGCAGUUUCAAAUUGGAAGCAUUUUCUCAAGGGGAUCAACAACACUCAUUCUUCAAUUUUGACCAGGAAGGUCUACAAAACCCCUUCCCUCAGUUAGAUCAAAUAACAUUUCCUGAUUCUUAUCAAGAUUUCUUUACCAACGCCAUUCCUUCAGACUACUUGCCAAGGUUCUGCCCUAAUGACAUGCUUUUGCAAUGAUCUUAAGGAAUUUCAGUUAGCCAUGGGAAAAGAAUCUGACUGUACAGUAUACCCUGCUUCAGCUCCUUUGAAACACAUUCUUGAUUUCUCCAUCAAAGGAUGAGAAUCUUAGCUUGAUACUUUCCAUACGGUCCUAAAGGUUCAUUCAUGGGACCAUGGUAAUCCAUGGCUGUCUAAAUGGCAGAUAUAAAUAAAGGACAAAGUAUGAUAAAGCAGAUGAUGCCUUUUAUCACAUUGAAGAUGAUAUGGGCUGAUCUUUUAUCGUCUAACUCUAUUGGCUGUCAUAAUUGUAUAUUUAUUUUUAAAUAUUCAUUGCCUUUUCGAGCAA